CGUUUUUUACUGUGUCUUUCUUUUUCUACACCAAAAAAGGGUCAAAAGACAACAGUGCCAUAAAAUAACAAGAGCAUUUUCUCUCUGUGCACCAGCAAUGGCACACGCUUUUUCAACCCCCACUCGUUGGAGAAAAAAAAAAGGGGUAUAAAACCGGCGCUACACCACAAACCACAGUGGUGUGGACGUGGAUUCGUCACCUGGAGCCAGCUGGCCAGUCCCUCUACCUGCCCACAGGUGACCAAACGAGGGGCAAUAAAUUCUCCGGCACUCCGGUACGGGAUUGUUGUUUAUGUUUUGAAAAGCGCUAAUGCGACCACAGGAAAAACGAACAGGACGUCGAAGGCGUACCGUGGCCCGCUUGCCCGUACCCGACGUGAAAGUCGUCGAAUGGGAUGGGGAGGGGGGCAGAAUUUAUCAAUGAACGGGAAAUACCCUGCCCGUGUUCAUUGAUUCGUUUGCACGUUGGCUGUUUUUUAAUGGGUUUCUACCCCCGGGGUGUACCCUCGGCGCCGUCUUCCCCCGGAGCUUGGGAAGGUAUUCGCACUACCCGCGACUACGAGAUGUGGUCAUCUCGGUAACGAACGCUUCGGAACAACUCACGCUGCCAGACAGUGGUCAGUAGACGUUCAUCUCUGCUCCUGUUGCCUUGGAUACGACCGGUGCUUGCUUCGCGAUCGCGUCUCCCUUUGGGUAUGUUGUGUGUUUUGUUUUCCAUCCAUUUGAGUUGCUCCGUUUGCUGCACACAAACACUCCACACCAACACCAAACCGGUCCGCGACGGCUCGAAACAUUAAUUGCUGUUUGCCAGCACUACACUGCACUACACUUCCUGCCACUUCUCUUCAAAAGUUCCGAGUGCGUUGGGUUUUCCCCCUUACAAAGGUUGGGACACCAUUUCCUGCCAUUUCGCGGCUGCUUCCGCUGUCGAUUGUUUCUGUUUUGGCCGCGACAAAUUCCGUUCCGCUUGUUAUUCGGGAUGUCUGCAAGGAUAGCAACAUUUUCCGAAAUGAAGUGGGAGAUGCUGUUAUUUCUUCAAUGGUCGAUCGGUUUACCCUUACACACACAUACGCACGCACUUACCCCCGGGUCACCUAUUCCCUACCUGUUUGCACCCGUGUGUGAAAUAUGCCCUCGCAACAAGGAUGGCCAGAUGUUUCCGGUUAUUUUUCUUGCACGUGCACUCGCUACUACCCCGCCCUAGCGCUGCCCAUGCCGGGCCAGUUUUUAUGAAUGAAUCGAAGCAACCCUUUCGCCUCGCGUUGUAAAAACCCCUUCCACGUGUGUGUUGUACCUCUUUCACCCGCUCGGUGUGUGGCUAUUCCACUCACACUGAUUCUACCCUUUUGAGGUAGGGAUGCGUCCAAAUAGAAAGGAUCUCCUCAUCGGGGCUGGUGGCUCAUUACCAUUCUGACCGUCAAGCUGUGACGAACACAAUUCCCAAGUAGAUCUACAACGAACCGAGAGUGAUGUACGGCUGGCUGGUUGUAAAACAAAGUGACUCGUAACUAUAUUCCGAAAAAAACAAAAAUCGUGAUAGCAAUAAGAUCCUCGCGCCUCGUGAAACCCAGUAAACAUCGUGAUCGUGAACAUGAAGUGCAACAAUAAUAGCGCCGCACGAACGAUCGUGUUGCUUCUGUGCUGCUGUGUUGCGUUAAGCGCGGGCAGAAUAAUUCACCGAAUCAGUGACUAUAACGCACCGAUGGCGGAACCGGUGCGCCAGUGCCGUGCGAUCUGUUUGACCAACCAUCUGCACGAGGAGAUCAACAGCAUCGUCGUGACGGACGAGUGUACCGAUCGGCCCAACUGCUUCAUGUGCUGGGACUACUGCAAGAUACUGCACGAGGAGAAGCGCAUCGUGCGCGAUUUAAUGUGCAGUGAUGUGAUUUGUUACUCUGGAUGCAAGACGGCCUGCAAGUACUACGGAGGUUUCUAUCGAACGGCGAAACAGAAGAUCACGUUAAAAUCGCUCGCUGUGCCCGUGAUCGGACAGCAGAUGGUGAACCAUGAUCCUGCCAACUCGAGUGCAAGCUAAACAGAAGGACGAGGAGAGCUCACACCACGAAGAGCACCACAGCCUACUAGCUUUUUCUAACCGUUUUUUUAAACCGCUCCAACGAAAGGACCGAUUGCUUGAAAGCAUUGUAAAUACUGUCGCACUUAUUUAAAAAAAAACCCCAUUGUUGAAUAUUAUGUAGGAAAAGGAUCUAUUGUAAAUAUCGAAUAACGACGACCAGGCGUAUCGAAGUAAUAAUAAUAAAAAACCGUGUUUUUACUGCGUAAGAAACAUUUGUAAAACCGUAUCAACCGUUUUGAUUUUGGUGUUGAAUAAAAGUGACUCGAGUCAGCGAUUUGACGACGAUCGAAUUAAGGAUGAGCAUUUCCUUUAAAAAAAAUCCAUUUCCAAAACUUCCUCCCAACCGGAAACGAUGGUUCGCGACAGCUCAAACAUUGCGCUUUAAAAACGGCAACAAACAACACAAACACACCAAUGAAAUUCAAGACUUUUGGCACACGGUUGUUGUUUUUUUUUUUGGUUUGUUAGAAAGUUGUGUUUGUUAGGCUUUUUUGUAGGUUUUUUUUACAUAUUUUUGUGUUGUUCUUUGUUGUUUCUUCUCUUGUUUUUGUUGCUGUUGUUGUUGUUGUUGUGUGUGUUUCCGUUUUUUAUUAUAUAAAUAAGAUUUCCAAAGAACUCGAUCGAUCGCCCGCUCAUCUUUCCCCCAUUUUUUCAUGAUUCUAUGCCGACGAUCACUAGUAUUAUUAUCAUCAUCAUCAUUAUCAUCAUCUUGUCAAAGAAAAGAGAAAAUAAUAAUCAUAAUCGUAGCGUAAUAAUCGUAAUCGUAAUCAUAAUAAAUAUGCAAUAAAAUAAAAUGGUUUGCUCAACAUGAUUAUCAUCAUCAUCAGCAGCAGCAGCAGCAGCGACGGCGGCAGCACUUUGCUCGUAGUAUUGUGUUGAUCCUCCUUCCUUUUUUUCUGUUCUCGACCAGUUAGUACACACUUUUUUCCUGACACUUUUUUCCUGUACGAACGAACGAAUAACACUUUUCCUGUUCUGUGUCAAUCUAGCUUUACACAUCCUGAUGGCUAGAGCACGCGCAAUGCAUGCUCCUCUUACUAGUUCACCUGUGCCGCUGUGUUCACCGCGAGAUGCUGUCGGAUCGGAUUGUUGCGCACCAGAAUCGGCUUCUAACCUCUUAAGCACACACAACUACUCGGAGGAUCGUAC